CGCUGCAGAUGGAGAUGGGCCUACCGGCGCGGCCUGUAGCACGCCUACAAGUUGACUUGCCAGUUCAGUCAGCCCGAAGAACGCGUCGCCGCGAUCUAGAACAGCCGAACGCGUAUUGUACAGAUACACUGGUGCAAUCACUGCAUUAACAGUAAUAUUUUAGCGUUAGCAACUUAGCGUUAACCGGCACAGCAACAAUCAAGUGUCUAAUAUUCGACCUGCCGGAUCGGAUAAUCGCUAUCUCUUCGCCGCUCUGUUCGCUCGCCUAACCCUCGCUGCCGCUUCUGUAAUAUUACUGUUAUACAUCAGGUCCGCUUCGCAUCAGCGUUAACUGCCUUCACUUGCAGUUCGGCCGGACGCCACCGCCAAACAAGUUGCAUUUAGCGAGGGGAGUGGAUUAUCGUGGAUAAUAUAUACAUUUUGUUGAUUGCACCUGAAUCCGGGCGAGAAUGACGGCGGACGUGGUGGACGUGGGACAGCCGUGCAUCGCCUGCGGCGACAAGUGCCCGGGCUACCAGCCGCAGGAGUGGAAGAAGUUCUGCGCCAACUGCAAGUGCCCGCGCAUGGGCCACGAGGUCUACAUCCAAGGCUCGUUGGCGGUGAACGAGCGCGUGCCGAUCAAGCUGCCGGACGCGAUGCGCAUGGUGUCGACGGCCAAGUCCAACUACGUGCCGGCCAAGUACAUCUGGGCGCCGGUGGGCCUGCCGCGCGAGAAGAUCGAGGAGUUCUUCAAGUCCAUCCCCGACGAGAAGAAGCCCAUGAAGAACAGUCCGGGCGAGGUCUACUGGCACCAGCAGCUCAUCCAGCAGUUCCCGCCCCAGGACUUUAGCCUGGAGGAGUGCCACUUCAUCGACGAGAGCCACAAAAAGUCCUACGAGGAGUUCGUGCAGACGCGCAACGAGCACUGCCUGGACCGCGGCUACGUGCGCGACAUCCUGCCGGACACCAGCACGUGCCGGCACUGCAAGGGCGUCAUCCACAAGGGCUCGGUGGUGGUGGUGGCGCCCAAGUGCGGCGAGACGGCCUACUACCAUCCCGGCUGCUUCGUCUGCUCCACCUGCAACGAGCUCCUCGUCGAGCUGGUCUACUGCGUCGGCCCGCCCACCGACGAGAACAACGCUGCCAAAAUCUUCUGUGAGCGGCAUUUCGCCGAGCAGGCCAAGCCGCGGUGCGCCGCCUGCGAGGAGCUGAUCUUUGCCGGGGAAUACACACGGGCGAUGAACCGCGACUGGCACGCCAACCACUUCACCUGCAGCAGCUGCGUGCAGCCGCUGACCGGCAAGCGCUACGUGCUGCGCGACGGCAACCCGGUGUGCCUCAAGUGCUACGAAGACAACUUCGCCAACACCUGCUCCGACUGCCACAAGCCCAUCGGCAUCGAGGGCCGCGACCUGGCCUACAAGGAGCGCCACUGGCACGAGGCCUGCUUUCUGUGCGCGCUGUGCAAGAUGAGUCUGGUGGACAAGGCCUUCGGCACGAAGGACGAGAAGAUCUACUGCGGCAACUGCUACGACACCUCCUUCGGCCAGAAGUGCGACGGCUGCGGCGAGAUAUUCCGGGCCGGCACGAAGAAGCUGGAGUACAAGGGGCGUCAGUGGCACGAGAAGUGCUUCGUCUGCGUCUCCUGCAAGCACGCCAUCGGGACGGGCUCCUUCGUGCCCAAGGACAAUGAGAUCUACUGCGGCCGCUGUUACGAGGAGAAGUUUGCGCUCCGCUGCUCAAAAUGCUCAGAGGUGAUAGCGACGAACGGCAUCACGUACAAGAACGCGCCGUACCACAAGGAGUGCUUCCUGUGCAGCAACUGCAACACGACGCUGGCCGGCCAGAAGUUCACGGUGAAGGAGGACAAGCCGUACUGCGCGACCUGCUACGCGCAGCUCUUCGCCAAGCGCUGCACGGCCUGCCAGCAGCCCAUCAUCGGGCAGGCCGGCGGCAGCACCAAGUUCAUCUCCUUCGAGAACCGGCACUGGCACAACGAGUGCUUCCUCUGCUCGCUGUGCCAGCAGUCGCUGGUCGGCAAGGGCUUCAUCACCGACGAGGAGAACAUCAUCUGCCCCGACUGCGCCAAGACCAAGUUCUAGGCCGGUCCGCGUCCAUCGCUCCACCGGAAUGUAACCGGCACCGGAAGGAAUGAUGUCAUUAUUAUAUCUUUAACCCGACUCCUGCGGCCGUGCAAUCGUCAUACUACCGGCAACACACUGGCCGCCGCUGCAGCAUUAAUCACACUCUAGUCCCGCCAUCCGUAAAGGCAAUCAACGCGUCACCUUGGGGCGCAUGCGCCUGCUCCCGCUGGAUAUACUUAUGCACUCGAUGGAUACAUAUAUAGACAAUAUCCUAAUCUGAACCUCUUCAAACUACAAUGUGCCAAAACUAUUCGUACUAACCUGUUCUGCAUCAAUAUUUAAUUAGCCUAUCUGCGUUUUUUAUUAUGUCCGCCUUGAGCGCGGUCUCUGUUAAAUAGAUAUUAUUAUGAUACUUGCUUGCCUAGCUACAGAUUUACACAGGCGCCUUAAUAUUGUGUAGAUUGAAUCUGCAUCCAGUAAUCAGCGUGCAUUUACUUACUUGCAAUUGUGCAUUAGAAUAAAGGAAACGUACCGAACCAAACAGAGAAAA